GUUCAAUCUGGCCAGAAAUCGCAAGAACCGCCUCCUUGAUGUCGCCUUGAGGCGAGAGUCUUGACAGUCCUUGCGCUAUACAUCCCGCUUUCACGUUUCGACCACCGCUUGAGCCACUGUCCAAGCUUUAUAGCCUGUCCACCAUGCUCUGUCCGGACGGUCUCUCUCUCCUCUUAUUUGCAAUCCUCACCUUCGCAAUCUGCAUGACUGUCUCCUCUAGAAAACCCGCCCCGAGGCCAGUAUCAAGGCUAAACCCUACGGCGCCAAAAUUUGUGAAAGCGUCUGAGCGAAACGAGGCGACAAAAGUUGCUUCAACCACAUCGUCUUCCUUGGUACAAGAAGAGAGGAUAGGCUGUCGUAUGGACACCGCCGUGGAGGAUGUUAGCCCCACUGCUGCUAGACAAGCCUAUGAUGCAUUCCUAGUGGUGGACGUUGAAGCGACUUGCAUGCCGGGCACAGACUUCAACUACGCAAACGAAAUCAUUGAAUGGCCGGUGUGUCUGCUACGGUGGAAAUACAAAAGCGAGAACGGCCAGGCGAGCCGGUUGGAGGUCGUCGACGAGUUCAGGAGCUUUGUUCGGCCCAUGUGGCGACCACAACUGUCGUCAUUCUGCACACAACUCACUGGCAUAACUCAAGAGAACGUAAACGCGGCGCCACCGUUCAGCACCAUGGUGCACAGCGCAUUCCGCGAAUUCAUGGUCCGGAACGGACUGAUCGACGCAUAUUCCGGCGAACCGCUUGUACGGUUCUGCUGGUGCUCGGACGGUCCCUGGGACUUACGUGACUUUGUGGUCAAGCAAUGCUUCAUCUCCAGGAUGGCCGUCCCUACCUGGCUGGCUCGUGACUUUAUCGAUGUGCGACGCAUCGUCGCACAAUGGCAGCAGAGGAACGAUCCGAACAAGCCUAGGCAGCAGGGACCAACACCAAACUGUGCGUAUCUGCCAAUGGUGCGGCAGCUCCAUCUUCUUGGCCUCGGCCCGUUUCAGGGCAGACAGCACUGCGGACAAGAUGACACACGGAAUGUGGCGAGGAUCAUCACCGAGCUUGCCCGUCAGGGGAUGCCGCUAAAACCCAAUACAUCGAUUAACCUCCACCGGCGGUGGUCAUGGAUGGGUCGAAAUGGAAAGGUUCUCGAGGGACAUGUCUUACCGGCCUACACUUCUCUAUAAUAUUGUUUUAUUCCGCUUUCAUCUGGUGUGCUUCGCAGGUGUCACAUUUGUAUCAUCACAUUUAUGUACGUAUGUGCUGUCUUCCUAGCUAUGUAUCCCGAAUCCCAACU